GGUCAACUCACUCAUCGCGCAUCUCAUAAGCCAAAUAAAAGUUUCGCUAUUUGCAUUCUCAAAUACGCAUCCCCUCUCUCUCAACCCUCUAGUAAUACAGCAUCACCUUGGACCUACAUCAUCGCAAUUCACCCUCAACACCGACCAUGCAGACCUAGGUGUUCCUGCGCAGGAGUCAUCACCACUUCUGAACUUCGUCCACCUCUUCUCACACUAGUUGGCCACUUCAUUUGUCCUAGAGCAGCUCAGCUUAGAAAGUCACAAAAAUGAUGCCACGAAUACGACGAGCCUAUGCAAUAGCAACCAAACAAAAAGAAACGUGUUUAGUACCCUUACACCGACUAUAGUACCGACCCGCCACAACGUAUAUUUUCUAUUGGUAACUCUAUUGUAUAUUCAUACCCAGCCUUUUGGAAAACGGGGUAGGUGGGACUUUAGGGAUACCACGAGGCUUUUCGACUCGAACAGUCAUAAGCCUCAACAUGACAUCUAUAUUCACUUUUGACGAUAACCCUCCGCGGGUGUCGUCACCCUGGCUAGCUUCAGAGGAAACGGCGAAGAAGUCAGCCUCAGAAGCCACUGACCAAGUCGGCUAUGGUAAUGAGUCAGUCCAAGCCAAUGAGCCCAAGCUGUAUAGGCUUGAGGCAGAGCCGCAAGAAGGUCCCAUUGAGUACAAGCUGCAUCUUCUUCUGCGGGCCCGCAGAGCAUAUGCAUUCAUGAGUACAACUUCAAAGGGCUCAGGCUCGCCGCAGUCCAACUCAGCUCGGCCAAUGAAAUCAACCAGGCCAACUAAUGUGCCGUUGGCCUCCUCAGCGCAGACACGACAGAACCGCCUUCAGCAACUGACCACUCAGUUGCUCUGGAGACUGCAGCAGUCGUCACCACAUCACUCCACAGGGAAAGGGCAGCUUGUCAUUCCCAAGCUGCCAGAGGACAGUGACGAUAUGGAGGAUUUGGUCAAACCUCAGCAGCUGCUUCCGGGCCUGGAGGAGUCAAACGGCGCACUGUACGAGAUAGGGGUGUCGGACGAUGGGACGUUCGUUGGAUUGACUAAGGAAGAGAUGGACGAGAGUAUGACAACUUUGAAGGUCAUGGCGGCUAGUUUGGGGUGCCGUGUGGAAGUGCAACGGAUGAAGACGGUUGGGAAUUGCGAAUGGGUUGAAUCGUCUGGUUCCAAGGGCAUCCCGAUCGGCAAAGUGCUACAAGGAGAUUUGUGGGUAGCAGAAGCCCUCGUCACCCCAAUCCUAGAACCGCAGAAGGAUCAGGACGCCGUCUCUGCUCAGGGCUCGUUACCCAACGGCUCAUUGACCCCUGUUCCAGAAAGACGUGCCUCGAAAACGGAGCAGUUACGUGUCUCUCUAAUUGGGCCAACCACGUCGGGCAAAACGACACUGCUUGGCACUCUUGCAAACGGUACAUUGGAUAAUGGCCGUGGGAGUAGUAGAAUCGAUCUGCUCAAGCACCGUCAUGAGAGAGUGUCCGGCCAAACAUCAUCCGUGGCCCAAGAGCUCAUCGGAUACAAGGACAACAGAAUAUUCAACUAUGUCGGCAUGGGCAUAAAUACGUGGACGGAUAUACAUGAUCAUUCGGAAGAUGGUCGCUUGGUAUUCUUCUCGGACUCUGCUGGCCAUCUUCGAUAUCGAAGGACUAUCCUGCGUGGGCUUGUGGGAUGGGCACCACACUGGACGCUCCUUUGUAUUGCUGGCAACGAAAUCGCUGGAGCAUCCCGUGGUGCUCACUCGUUGUCGGGUACCCCUGAUGACCUUGAUCUUGCUGGGGCCGCCGACCUUGCCAUGUCCCAUCUUGACUUGUGCGUGCGACUAGAGAUUCCCAUGGUCAUUGUCAUAACCAAAUAUGACUUAGCGACCAAAGUAACCCUAAGAAGCACCUUGAGCUCGAUCUUUUCUAAGAUAAAAGCCGCGCAGAGGACGCCCAAGUUGCUCGUGUCGACGCAGACCGACAGCGCCGACCUGACGCACAUACCCCCUACAAGCCAGGAGAAAGUUACCAUGGAGAUCACCGAUGCUAUCCAACGGUCGGGAAAUAUGCUCUCUGUCGUUCCAGUAGUGUUGACCAGUGCCGUGUCGGGGCAGGGUAUUGGUUUGACUCAUGCCCUCUUGCGCAGCUUGCCCAUGCCGCCUCCGCCAACUGCGCGAGACUAUGUGGGCCAGGCACUCAACCCGGAGCAGCCGGCGUCGCUCUUCCAUAUCGAUGACAAGUUCGACUUAAAAUCGUUCCGCACACAGGACUCGUCGAUUCAUGGCGCCGACGGAAGUGCUACUGUAGUCGCUGGGUAUCUGCGCUUCGGCAGGCUGUCUAUCGGCGACAAGGUUGUGUUCGGCCCCUUCCCUGCCGAGGAAGAUGAAGAUGUGCGAGGGCUUGUGCCCCGAGACCAUCCUUCACCUGGUCGUGGCUUGUCCCUAUCGCAUCCGUGGGCAGCCCGAAAUGCGGUAUCGGCCUCCACCAUCCAUGGGGAGUGGCACAAUGCAACGAUUAUGAACAUUCGCAACUUGCGCUUGCCCGUGAGAACUAUGGAAGCCGGUCAGGCGGGGACCAUCCAGGUUGCUUUCGAUGAACCGUUUGAGGAGACAUCGGGCAUUGAUGACGCAUUGUUCGAAAGGGUGAAACCAUCAAGUCGGCAUAUCCGCAAAGGACAAGUACUGGCUAUCCCUAGCCAGCAUAUGCUAGAUACUGGCCUCACCCUACAGGCUGCUACAGGCUUUACUGCGACAUUCAACGAUAUGAACGUCAAGUCUCUGCAAAUUGGAAACCUCGUCAACGUCUACGUAGCCACGGUUCGCGCGGCUGCACGGAUACUCCACAUCGUCCGCCAGCACUCGCGUUUGGAUACUCGCAGAGUUGCCUCCGAGGAUCACGAUGACGUAUUUAACAUGGCUGAUAGUAUUGAUCUUGGUAGAGCACAGUCUGAAGCUGAUGUUGACGAUUUUGACAUUGAGUACACAGUUUCGCUUGAGCUUAUGACGAGUAGAGAAUGGAUUGAGUUGGGUUCGCGGGUAGUUCUUAUGGAAGGAGGGAGCAAAGACGGUUCGGGAUUAGACGGAUUUGUGGGCAAGGUAACUGAGGUUGUGGGCUGAUCACGUCAACCAAGCGGGUCACAAAGAUGGCGGCCUGGCCUAAGGACAAUGUAGUAAUAAGUUUUUCUUAUAGACAGCACUGAAUAGCGGUAGCAUACAGCGAAAUAGAGACGGCCAACCAACUGGGU